AUGUCAGGAGCAAUCAGAUAAGUUAGCAAUUUCUUUAGCAAGAAUAGUCCUACUAUUUGGCAUUUCAGAAUAUCAAACUCAUUAAGUAGUUAGGUAUUAGAAGAUAACCUAUAGUACUUGAGAGCUAUGAGACACAAGGAAGGAUAGGUUUUUGCUUUGUCUAUAUCUUCAUUUUAAAAAUCUAGAGAUACUCCCAGAGUCAUCACAUUUUACGAAGCUCUUAGAUAAGCUAGCGAAAAAUUGAGAGCACCAUUAUACACAUUUUCUGAAGAUUAAGCUUUAGGAGAUUCUUACUUAUUAUUGAGCUUAGGUGAAACAGUUACUGCAAAUCCAUUCAGCAUCAUAGGAAGUAUAAAUAGCAGAAUUAACUAUAUCAGCUUUGAAAAGCUCUUUGAAAGACUUGGAAUCAAAUACGAUAUUUACACAAGCUCUUCCCCUGCUUUCUUACCUUCAAGAAAGCCUACUCCUUCUGAUAUUCAGUUGGCUGAAUAAUCAAACCAAGAAGUUUUAGAAUCAAUUUAAAAUCUUAUUUUACAAAAAAGAGGAAAGCACUUUGAAAACAAAGGAAUAUCUAGGGAACAAGCUAAAAAGGAAAUUUUAAGUGGUUAAACAUUUACUGCAUAACAAGCUCUUAAAAAUGGUUUGAUCGACUAAAUUGGUACCUUUUACGAAUUUAAAGAUUCUAUGUACUCUCAUCAUAAAAUAAGAACACCUGAGAGAUUCCCAUAAAAAACUUAGAUUAUCCCAAAAAUUAACAAAGAUAUUUUGAUCUUAGCUGAAAUGUCUUAAGAAAUAGAAAUGAUUUUAAGUUCUGCUCCUUCAACUGCUACAAAUUAAUAAAUUGUUUAAUCUGCUGAAGUCAGACUUGCUGAAUUCUUCACUAGAAAGUUAAAAGAACCUGAAUUUUUGAUUGCUUUUGAAAACUAUUUAUUAAACGAAUUUGAGCAACAAAAAUCUAUGAUCGAAAGAAAAUAAGAAUUAAUAGAAAUGCUUUCUUGA